CUUACGAAAAGGGUUCUACUUAAAUUGAGGACAACGCAACGAGCUAUGGAAAGAAGAAUGAUGGGUGUAACGUUAAGGGAUAAGAAAAGAGCAGAUUGGGUGAGGGAACAAACGCGAGUUAAUGACAUCUUAGUUGAAAUCAAGAAAAAGAAAUGGGCAUGGGCAGGACAUGUAAUGAGGGAAGAUAACCGAUGGUCAUUAAGGGUUACGGACUGGAUUCCAAGGGAAGGGAAGCGCAGCAGGGGGCGGCAGCGCGCAGUCCACCUGGAGCCCCGGCGCUGGCGUGGCGGCUAUUUUGGGGGCAAGCGGCCCGCUUGGCGGUGUCCCAGCUGCUUGGGGGCGCCUGGUCUGCGCCCGAUUUGGGCAGCCGCUCCCAACGGGGCAGCAGAGGCGAACAUGUCGUCGCGGAGCCCGUCGCCCCGAGCGGGCCGGCGGCCCGCGUUCCUCAGCCAGCCGUCGGUGAUCAGCUGGCAGUCUGACCCGACGAGGCCGCCCCAAUAUCUAAUCCUCAAUCCUAUGCACAUUGUGAACCUGACGGCUGACAAGACGCGAAGCUGUGCCGUCCGCGCCGCCCAAAGCAUCAAGGCGUUCAGCCAACGCUGGUUCUCGCACAUUCUGUUGCUGCUCGUACUGCUCGCGUACGCGGCCAUGGGCGCUGCGCUCUUCCAGCUCAUCGAGGGCCCUUUCGAAGACAAGCAGAAGCAGACCAUCCUGAACGCGCGCCAGUACAUCAUCGAGGACCUGGUGCUCGCCCAGCGCACUCUGUCCGUGGCCGGAUUCCGGCGGCACGCACUGCGCCGACUGCGCGAGUUCGAGACGCAGGUGCGUGUGCUCGAGGACGAAGCUCGCAUCGUGAGCCACUCGGAGAAAAAGAUCUGGUCCUUCUGGGGCGCUCUCUUCUACUGCGGCACCGUUUUCACAACCAUCGGCUACGGCAACAUCGCCCCGAGCACGAUGGCCGGCAUGGCGGUGACCAUCCUGUACGCCUUCAUCGGCAUACCGCUGCUGCUCAUGGUGCUGGCCGACCUGGGCAAGGUGUUCACGCGCGGCAUCAAGUGGCUCUUCCUGUCGCUGCGCCAGCUCGUCCGCACGGGCCGCUGCGGCAAGCACAAGGCAAAAGCGCCCCCUCCGCAGCUCCAGUACGUCGCUUUCGUGUGGCGCAAGGUGAACGACACCAUGGCGUACGUUCCCUACCCGGCUUACCUGAAGCAGGAGCCCACCACGCCGACCGCCGAGGAAGGCGGUGAGGAAGCGAGCAAGGCAGCCAGUGAGGAGGAGCUCGUCAUCGACGACCAGUUCAACUUGCCUGUGUCGCUGGCCCUUCUUCUACUCUCCAUCUACAUGACGGUGGGCGCGUGCAUCUUCACCAUUUGGGAAUCGUGGAGCUUCUUCGAAGCCUUCUACUUUGUCUUCAUUUCCAUGAGCACAAUAGGAUUCGGCGACUACGUUCCAGACCACCCGAUGUUUAUGAUGGCUACUUUCAUCUACUUGCUUUUUGGCCUUGCGCUGACUUCCAUGUGCAUCAACGUUGUGCAGGAGAAGCUUUCCGCCAUAUUUGAAAGAGCUCGAAUGCAGCUGGGGACCACCAUCGGCUUCGACGCCAUGGUGAUAGACCAAGAGCGAAAUGAGCCUCUGGGAAGCGAUAUUGACGAGGCAGUGGCAAAGGAUGCCAUCGCCAAAGAAGCUAUUGCAAAGGGGCUUGCUGCUCAAGAAGCUACGGUCAAGAACGCUGUGGAUAAAAAAGCAAUUUCGAAUGAUGUUUCAACUAAAGAUAAAACCCAGCACAAAGAGCCUACCUGAACGGCCUCUUCAAAUAAAUUAUGCGCCCAAUAGGCUCUCGAACUAGCCAUGUGUACACGGCAUGGGAUGAGAGACGCGUACCAAACAUUGCUGUGAACAUACGCGAAAACAUCAUGCAGAAGCUCACCACGGUGCUGCAGUGCAUAGCUGAAAGUUGAUCAGCAGUCGCACGACAGUGUCUAUUGCUCAUAACUGGUAUAGUGCAGAGGUGACAGCAUCUCUAAUGCUGCGGAUCAAGGUGUUACUCAACUGGGUUAAUCUAUAUAUAUAUAUAUAUAUAUAUAUAUAUAUAUAUA